AUGACCGUCGAACAGAUCCAAUCGACCUACCCAUCGACUGCCAACGCAUACUUGAGAUUUGCCCAAGUGAAAGGGUUCGAUCCUCACACCACCCAGCUGAUCGAUGGCACAAAGGUCCAUUGGAUCGGCUCGGAAGCGGCUGAGAAGGUGAUUGUCCAUUUCCAUGGCGGCGGAUACGUCUUUCCAGCCACCAUCUCCCUGUUCCAUUUCAUGUGGGACAUGAGAGAGCGAGCGACGAGAGCGACCGGUUCCGAGGUCUCUGUGGUUGUGGCAUCGUACGACCUGGCCCCAGCUGGCCAGUAUCCCCGACAAUUGCAACAAGGCAUCGCCGUGGUAGAGUACAUGACGACAGACCUACAAAAACAGCCGGCCAACAUGAUCAUCUCGGGCAAUUCGGCGGGCGGCAAUCUCGCCAUGGGGGUGAUCUCACACCUUCUCCACCCACAUCCGUCGUGUGUUCCUCUGACAACGACCGAGGCGUUUGCAGCGCUGCUGCUCAUGUCGCCGUGGAUCUCCAUGUGCUAUGCGGCGGCAUCGUACGGGCGGUCGGCGAACGGGGAACGUGAUGUCCUUCACGUCUCGAGCUUGGAGAGAUGGGCCAACCUGUGGAAAGGGACAGGGACAGGGCCGGCGGAUCACGACGCUUACACGAACCCGUACCGAGCUCCGCCAGGUUGGUGGGCCGGCUUGGGCACAGUGGCCCGAAGGAUCCUGAUAACUGCUGGGGCGCAGGAGCUGAUGGUCGACGAUAUCUGUGCGUUUGGCCAUUGUUUGCUGAAACAUCACUCCGACGCCGGAGCCCACGCUGCCGUCCAGAUUGCAGUGGCGGCUGAUGAAUCGCAUGACCAGGCCAUUAUCGAUCUGGACUUUGGCUUUCCCAGGCGCGGCGAAAGCGCUCGGUGCAUGAUGGAUUGGGUUCAGGAAGUCUUCAGCGAGGGGGGGAAAGGAACGGCAACAGGAACGGGAACGGGAACAGAUGGCGCGCUGAAGACUUCCUAA